AUGCGUGAGAUCAUCAGCAUCAACGUCGGCCAGGCCGGUUGUCAAAUUGCCAACUCCUGCUGGGAGCUCUACUGCUUGGAGCACGGUAUUCAGCCUGAUGGAUACCUGACCGAGGAGCGCAAAGCCGCCGACCCCGACCAUGGCUUCAGCACUUUCUUCUCCGAGACUGGUCAGGGCAAGUACGUCCCUCGCACUAUUUACUGCGAUCUCGAGCCCAACGUCGUCGAUGAGGUCCGAACCGGCACCUACCGCAGCCUUUUCCACCCCGAGCAGAUGAUUACCGGCAAGGAGGAUGCCUCCAACAACUACGCCCGUGGUCACUACACUGUCGGCAAGGAGCUUAUUGACUCCGUUCUGGACAAGGUGCGCCGCGUUGCCGACAGCUGUGCUGGUCUUCAGGGAUUCCUGGUUUUCCACUCUUUCGGUGGUGGUACCGGUUCUGGUUUCGGUGCUCUCCUGAUGGAGCGCCUGUCCGUCGACUACGGCAAGAAGAGCAAGUUGGAGUUCUGCGUGUAUCCCGCUCCCCAGACCGCCACCUCGGUCGUUGAGCCUUACAACUCCAUCCUGACUACUCACACCACCCUCGAGCACUCCGACUGUUCCUUCAUGGUCGACAACGAGGCCAUCUACGACAUCUGCCGCCGCAACCUCGGUGUUGAGCGUCCCAACUACGAGAACCUAAACCGCCUGAUUGCCCAGGUUGUUUCUUCCAUCACCGCUUCGCUCCGUUUCGACGGUUCGCUCAAUGUCGAUUUGAACGAGUUCCAGACCAACUUGGUCCCUUACCCUCGUAUUCACUUCCCGCUGGUCGCCUAUGCUCCUGUCAUCUCGGCCGCCAAGGCCUCCCACGAGGCCAACUCUGUCCAGGAGAUGACCAUGUCCUGCUUCGAGCCCUACAACCAGAUGGUCAAGUGCGACCCCCGCCACGGAAAGUACAUGGCCACCUGCUUGUUGUACCGUGGUGAUGUCGUCCCCAAGGAUGCUCACAGCGCUGUCGCCACCCUCAAGACCAAGCGCACAAUCCAGUUCGUUGACUGGUGCCCUACUGGUUUCAAGCUGGGUAUCUGCUUCCAGCCUCCUCAGUAUGUGCCGAACGGUGACUUGGCCAAGGUUGACCGUGCUGUAUGCAUGCUUUCCAACACAACCGCCAUUGCCGAGGCCUGGUCCGCUCUCUCGACCAAGUUCGAUCUCAUGUACUCCAAGCGUGCCUUCGUUCACUGGUACGUUGGUGAGGGUAUGGAGGAAGGUGAAUUCUCCGAGGCCCGUGAGGACUUGGCUGCCCUCGAGCGCGACUACGAGGAGGUGGCUACCGACUCUCUUGAGGCUGAGGGUGACCUGGAGGCCGAGUACUAA